GGAGACAGGAAAUCACGGAAAGACACAUAUUGAGUGUGUGGAUUAGGAGAGCACUCAUGGACUCCAAGGGAACUAGUUGGCUGAAAAAAGAGAAGAAUGAAGUAUAUGCUGAACCAGGCUCCUUCGUUCAGUUACACACAUCUACCAUGAAAUUAAAAGAAGAAUUGGAUGAGAAAGUGAACCAACAGUUUCUUCAAGAUCCACCAAGGAUUGUAAUGCCUAGUCUUCGUAUAAAGCAAGACCUAGAACUGAAACAGGAUUUAGAUGGCGUUGAGCAUGAUGUAAGUUUUCACAUCAGUGAUGUAUUGUGCAUGAAGUACUGUAUGAAUAUCAUGAGAUGCAUUGGGUGCAGUAAAUUCCAAUGA